AUGGGUCAAGGGUCUUCUCAGCCAGUUAAUGCUGGGUUUACAGAUGAUAUCGAAAAAUCAACUUUGCAGCAGGAAGAUGCGCCCAAAUCGAAGCGGAAGAGAAAGUCUUCUCCUGUCACCACCAACCCUGAAAAACAGCCCCCUGUUGCUUCAGCCUCUAGUCCAUCUCAACCUCAAAAUGAACAAGAUUCCCGUCCGAUGAAACGAAAGCGAACAUCUGAAUCAUCGCAGAAAAAGAAGGGGCGCACAGCAGCAGACGAGUCAACACUGGGAGUGGGGAAUAAAAAUGCCGCCAUGGAAGUCGUGGAUAGUCAGCCUUCGGAGAAUCCAGAACGCCAGAAGGGGAAACAGCAGAGCAAAACAAAAGCGUCGCCAGCGUCGAAACCCCAGAAGAAGGCCGCGCCAGUGCCCAAGCCAACCAUAAGCGAAUCGAAAACAACCUCUCCGUCACUUCCGCCAGAGUCGAGCACUGGCACUACAACGGGUGCGCAGGGAAAGCCUGCUCGGAGCAAUAAGGGAGGAACGACUGGAUUCUUCACGCCAGAGGAAGUCCAGGCUCUGGAGAGCUUUAAACUCAAGUUUUGCAACACCCAUCUACUCUCUGGAGACGAUUUCGACACUAUGGUUCAGCAUUCGGAACGUGAUAAGGGUACCCCAUUCCCGUGCGAUGCCGACGUCAUUUCGAAGCAAGAGUUUUGGCGAAACAUUUACGAGACUAUCCCGAACAGAGACCGGAGAUCAACAUAUCGGUUCAUGAGACGGCAUUUCCAACCUUCGACGCAAAAGCCGCAUUCAUGGACCAAGGAACAAGAUAACGAGCUGGUCUCUCUUCAUACUCAACAUGGCCCGAAAUUCGCUUAUAUCGCUAAGCUCCUAGGCCGGAGUGAUGACGAUGUCGUUCAAAGAUGGAAGAACCGUCUUGAACAUCGAGAGACCAUGAGACGGGGACAAUGGUCCGAGGAGGAAGUUCGCAGCUUACAAAAGGUUCUGGAUGAAUCACGGAAAAACCUAUCCAAGGCAGGCCAUGAUGUAGGGAAGGACAUUUACGAGAUGGACGAGUCACUAAUUGGAUGGGGACAAGUGAGCGACAAAAUCAAUAACUGCCGAUCGAGACAGCAAUGUGCAGAUAAAUGGCGCAAGAUCAGGCGGAAAGUUUUGACCCUGCGCCACAAAGGAAACCCAGAUGCCAUCUACAACCCUACCUCAGAACUACAGUCGCCCAAAAAGAAAAGCAAGUCACCCGCAGUUACCGUCGCCGCACAGACUCAGUCGGACGCACGAUACAAGAGCUCUGAAUUUGUCAACUCGGACGAUUCAGAAGAGGAUGACAGUGGCGUUGCGUCUCAGUCCCCGAAGAAAGCGACACCUUCCAAGCAACCGAAAUCUAUACCCAAAGGAAACAAGUCUACUGCGGUUCAAGAUAAACCCAAGGCUUCCACAAAAGCAAGCAAAAAGCCUACACCCAUUGAGGACAAGUCUAGCUCUGAAGAAGAAUCUGGUUCUGGAUCCGAAUCCGAAUCUGAAAGUGACUCAGAAUCUGAGUCUGAGGGCGAUGCUGCCUCGAACCCCCAAACAAAGACAAAAGCCAACUUAGAGAAGGCUAAAGAUUCUGCGAAUGGCAAUAACCCUCAAAGUGGCACCCAGGCGAGGUCUAAAAACGCCGUAAAAGAGAAAUCUAAGGAGACGCAGGACAAGCCUAAUGACAAAGCUCAGUCGAAGGACAAGGAGCACUCGAAGGUUCAAGAGAAAGCCGUGCCAGCAGGACCUGCCUCACAAAAGCAAAAUCAAGCUGCCCAGACAAAGCAACAGUCUCCAGUGACCUCAGAGUCAGAGUCAGAGUCCGACUCCGAGUCCGAGUCCGAGGAUGACGCAGAUAGCGAGUCAGAACAACCUGCAGCGAAAUCGACAGCCAAGUCAACUCCCAAGGCACCGAAGGCACCCACGCCCCCUUCUCAAAAUGGAAAAAGCAAUUCCCAGGAUAGUUCGUCUGAUGACGACUCGAGCAACGAAACGGACUCAUCGAGUGAAGAAUCCGAUGACAACGAAUCAACAGCUAGCUCCAGCGAUGGUGACGACAAUAAACCAACCGAGACAACAACCAAACCUACUCUCAACACCAGUGCAAAGAGGAAACAUGAACAAGAAGCACAACCAAGAAAACAACAAGACACCAAACGCCCCAAGAUUGAAUCCUCCCCAGACUCAUCCUCGUCCGACAGCAGCGACUCCAGCGACUCCAGCGACUCCAGCAGCUCUGAAUCCGAAUCCGAAUCCGAGUCCGAGUCAGAAGUCGACACAAAACCCAACCCCAAAUCCAUCAACUCUCGUCCCAAGUCCAAAGGACACCAAAGCCCAAUUGUCAAGAGCCGCCAGAGCUCGACCUCAAACACCUCGUCAACUAAUCCCUCGCGUUCAUCCUCGCGCAAUAUCAAGGGCGAAGCCGAGAGCGAUAGUGAACUAGACGUGAAACCGAGGAUAAACACCAAGGGGGACUCGAGUCGUUCGAGCUCGAUUGCCCCCGUCAAGAAAGAGGGUACUACCGAUGACGACUCUGAGGAUGAUUCAGACUAA